AUGGCGACCAACAGCGCCCGUGGCAACAUUAUUGCCGCAGACGAAGGCAAAGACAAUUCCGGCGACACCCCGAUCCCUCCCCUCUCGAACGACGUCAAGAAAGCCGUUGCCGAAAGUUCUGCCAACAGCACCGCUGGCCUCCACGCCUCAGGGCAGACCGCAGACAUGGAGCAAGCCGCCGCCACAAAGCCCGAGCCCAAGCCCAAGGAGAAGAAGGCCAAGCCUGCAAAGACCGAGGAAGCCCCUCUGCCGCCAUAUGUCGAGGACACUCCCGCGGGAGAGAAGAAACGUCUGCGAUCUCUCGACGACCCUCAGCUCAAGGCCUACAACCCCCUGGCCGUCGAGUCAGCUUGGUAUUCUUGGUGGGAAAAGUCUGGCUUCUUCGAGCCGAAGUUCAAGGAGGAUGGCAAUGUCAAGGAUGAGGGCUCUUUUGUUAUUGUGAUCCCCCCGCCCAACGUCACUGGCGCUUUGCACAUGGGCCACGCCCUAGGCAACUCGCUGCAGGACAUCAUGACCCGGUGGGCGCGUAUGCAUGGCAAGACUACCUUGUGGCUGCCUGGCUGCGAUCAUGCCGGUAUCGCCACACAGAGCGUCGUUGAGAACAUGCUUAUGCGGAAAGAGGGAAAGACGCGCCACGACUUGGGUCGGCCGAAAUUCAUCGAGACUGUCUGGGACUGGAAGGCCGAAUACCACACGCGGAUCAACAACGCCCAGCGCAAAAUGGGUGGUUCCACAGACUGGACCAGGGAGGCCUUCACCAUGGACAAGAACCUGUCCGCCGCUGUCACCGAGACUUUCGUCUCGCUGCACGAGGAGGGCAUCAUCUACAGAGCCAACCGCCUGGUCAACUGGUGCACAAAGCUCAACACUGCCCUCUCGAAUCUCGAAGUUACCAACAAGGAGCUUACUGGCCGUACACUCAUUGACGUCCCUGGUUACGAGCGCAAGGUCGAGUUCGGCAUCAUCGUCCACUUCAAAUACAAGAUCGAAGGGUCUGAAGAGACGAUUGAGGUUGCCACAACACGGCCUGAAACCAUGCUCGGCGAUACCGGUAUCGCCGUCCACCCUCAAGACGAGCGCUACAAGCACCUCGUUGGCAAGAAGGCAGUCCACCCCUUCAUUGAGGGUCGCCUGAUGCCCAUUGUCGCAGACGACUAUGUGGACAAGGAGUUUGGAACUGGUGCCGUUAAAAUCACCCCUGCGCACGACCCCAACGAUUUUGCUCUUGGUCAAAGACACAAUCUCGAGUUCAUCAACAUCCUCACAGAUGACGGUCUUAUGAACGGAAACGCUGGUGCUUACAAGGGCCAGAAGCGCUUCGAUGUCCGCUACAGUAUCCAAGAAGACCUCAAGAAGGCCGGUCUCUACGUCGACAAGAAGGACAACCCGAUGAAGGUUCCCCUGUGUGAGAGGUCAAAGGAUGUUAUCGAGCCGCUCUUGAAGCCUCAGUGGUGGAUGAGAAUGAAGGAUCUCGCCAAGCCCGCGAUCGAGGUUGUCCGCGAGGGACGCAUCAAGAUCCAGCCAGAGUCAGCCAAGAACAGCUACUUCCGGUGGAUGGAGGAUAUCAACGACUGGUGUCUCUCGAGACAGCUGUGGUGGGGUCACCAGUGCCCUGUCUAUUUUGCGACUGUUGAGGGUGAAGAGCCGGACCGGUCUGAUGACACGCGGUGGUUCUCGGGACGCACAGAGGAGGAAGCGCAUGCCAAGGCUGAGAAGGCUUUGGGCGGGAAGAAGUUCACUCUUGAGCGCGAUGCGGACGUGCUUGACACUUGGUUCUCGGCUGGUCUCUGGCCUUUCUCCACACUUGGCUGGCCUAACAAGACUCACGACCUCCAGCACCUGUACCCCACGUCUGUCCUCGAGACUGGCUGGGAUAUCAUGUUCUUCUGGGUUGCGCGUAUGAUUAUGCUUGGCCUGAAGAUGGUUGGCGACAUCCCCUUCAAGGAGGUCUACUGCCAUUCUCUGAUCCGAGACUCGGAGGGCCGCAAGAUGAGCAAGUCAUUGGGCAACGUCAUUGAUCCCCUCGAUGUCAUCUACGGCAUUCCUCUGGAGAAGUUGCACGAGAAGCUACUGCAGGGUAACCUUCACCCCAGUGAGGUCGAGAAGGCCAAGAAGUACCAAAAGACUGCGUUCCCUGAGGGCAUCCCCGAGUGUGGCGCUGACGCCCUGCGCUUCUGCCUUGCCAACUAUACCAGCGGCGGCAGUGAUGUCAACUUUGACAUCAAGGUUAUGCACGGCUACCGCAAGUUCUGCAACAAGAUCUACCAGGCGACAAAGUACGUCCUUGGCAAGCUCGACAAAGACUACGUCCCCCAGAAGACGGGCAAGCUCACCGGGAAGGAGUCGCUCGCCGAGAAGUGGAUCCUGCACAAGAUGAACCAGGCUAUCAAGGAGGUCAACGAGGCCAUCCCGGACCGCGAGUUCAUGAAGUCCACCAACAUCAUCUACGCGUACUGGUACAACCAGUUGUGUGACGUCUACAUUGAGAACUCCAAGGCUCUGAUUCAAGACGGCCCCAAGGACCAGCAGCAGUCUGCCAUCGACACCCUGUACACCACGCUUGAGAAUGCGCUGCUGAUUAUCCACCCCUUCAUGCCGUUCCUGACAGAGGAGCUCUGGCAGCGUCUUCCCAGGCGGCCAGACGACAAGACAGAGUCGAUCAUGAUCGCCAAGUACCCUACUUACGACCCAGAGCUCGACAACCCCGAGGCUGAGGCAGCCUAUGACCUUGUCAUGGGCUGCUCCAAGGGCAUCCGGUCCUUGAUGGCCGAGUACACGCUCAAGGACGAGGCUCAGGUAUACGUCCAAGCCUACGACGAGACCGCGCAUAAGACCAUCACCGAGCAGGUCCAGUCCAUCAAGUCGCUGAGCGGCAAGGGCGUCACGAAUAUUGAGACGCUCCCGGCCUCCGAGCCGCGUCCGGCGGGCUGCGUCGCGUUCCCCGUCUCGGCCUCGGCCGCCGUCUUCCUAUUCGUCAAGGGCCGCGUCGACAUGGACAAUGAGAUUGCAAAGGCCACCAAGAAGCUGGACCGCACGCGCGCCGCCAUUGCCAAGCAGCAGAAGCUCCUGUCGGACCUGGGCUAUCAACAAAAGGUGGCCGAGGCGCUGCAGGAGGCGGAUCGCAAGAAGCUUGCGGACUACGAGUCUGAGGCCAAGGGCUUCGAGGCGACGAUCAAGCAGUUUGAGACGCUGAAGCUGGAGUAG